AUGGUGGACGAGGCCACCAGGUGUGUAGUGUCUGAGAUCCCGGUGCUGAAGACUAACGCUGGACCUCGAGAUUGGGAGUUGUGGGUGCAGCGACUCAAGGAGGAAUAUCGGUAUGUGGAGAACAACAAGAAUAAUGCAGACACUGAUUAGUUCUGACUGGAGUCCAACAAGGAAGGGACAAGGUGGUUUGGAAAAUGCUGGUACAUCCAUGAUCUCCUCAAAUAUAAAUUUGACAUUGAGUUUGACAUUCCUAUUACUCAUCCUACUAUUGCUCCAGAAAUUGCUGUCCCUGAACUAGAUGGAAAAACAGCAAAGAUGUUCAGGGGUGGCAAAAUAUGUCUGACCGAUCACUUUAAGCCUUUGUGGGCCAGGAACGGGCCCAAGUUUAGACUAGCUCAUCUCAUGGCUCUGGGGCUGGGUCCAUGGCUGGCAGUGGAAAUCCCCAAUCUGAUUCAGAAAGGCAUAAUUCAGCAUAAAGAAAAAUGCAACUAA